AAACGCAAUUAGUAUUCAUAUAUUCAUUCAACUCCUCCCUAAUUAAUUCCUUCUCUAUCUGAAAUUCAUUCCGCAGCCAAACGGGGGAAUUUCAUCGGAAUCGAAUUACAUUACUUUCCUAAAGGGACGACCUGCUCUAGUGCUCUCAAGCAUUCUAUUCUUAUUCCUAUUCCCUCUUCUCUCUCUCUCUCUCUCUCUCUCCGGAGCCGUUCUCGUGGCUCCCUUCUGGACGCGGCCAAAGCUCUCUCCUUUAGGUUCGUUCCAGAAUAUCCUUUGGACUCCUCUGGUUUGCUCAGCCACAGAAUCAUUGAUGAAUGCCGUUUUGAUUCUCGAUCGUGUCCGUCUGCCUCCCCUCUCCCAGCAAGCAUCAGCUCCUGAUUUAUGUUUGCUUCCAUGGACCCAAAUCAUUGGCAGGCAUGGGCGACUGGAAGCUGGAUUUGCUAGAAGGAUUUGUGUUUGGUCUCUGCUCCAAAAACAACUCAGCUUUCUUCCUCUGCAUCAGCCCAGCCUGGUUUCUCCUCCAUGGAUUUUCUCUUGGUUUUUCUCCUCUCAUUGACCUGGGCUUUGUCAUUUUGCAACAGAAUCCUCCAUGCUUGGCCUCUGCUCAAAGCAUGGAUAAUAAUGAUGUUGGGGCUGGGUUUUGAGUUAGAACAUUUAAAGUUUUAGCUAGGUAGUGCAUCAAAUUAGGGCUGGGUCUCUGAUGAAGUUGAUGAAUAAAUCCAGCAAAGAGCAGUGCGAGGGAAGUUGCUUCUGCUGCUCUUCUAAUGGCUGCCAUCCCCAUUGCAGGUUGCUAUGCUUCUCUUUUCUGUCCACCCCCUGUAUGAUGCUUUAAUGGUGGCUUGACGAUUCCCCACUGUCGUUUAGAACUCACAAAUAAGUGAACUAUCCUAUUUGUUUCUCGGAAGAUCCUAAAAAUUGGCUUACCUGUACAAAAGCUGAAAUGGUUUCUUGUGGUAAUUCUUUUGAAUCUUCACCUGAAAUGGAGACAUUUCUGUGUGAGCGAUUGCUGGAUUCUGAUCAACCCAUUUCUGAGCGGUUCAGAGCCCUCUUCUCUCUUCGUAACCUCAAGGGCCCAGCACCCCGCAAUGCUCUUGUCAAUGCGACGAGGGAUUCUUCAAAUUUGUUGGCACAUGAGGCAGCAUUUGCAUUGGGUCAAAUGCAAGAUAUUGAUGCUGUCCCUGCUUUGGAAGCUGUUCUUAACGAUCUCUCUCUGCAUCCCAUUGUCCGGCACGAGGCAGCUGAAGCUCUUGGAGCAAUUGGUUUAGAAAGCAAUGUUCCUCUUCUAAAGAAUAGUUUGGCUGUAGAUCCUGCUCUGGAGGUUCAAGAAACAUGUGAGUUGGCUCUUCGGCGAAUUGAAGAAAUGAAAAAUGUUGAUGGUAAUGGUGGGUUAUCCAUUAUCGAAACAUCACCUUUUUUGUCAGUUGAUCCGGCAGCACCUGCUUCUUGCUAUUCUGUGGAACAACUAAGGGAAGUUCUUUUGAAUGAAGAUAAAGGUAUGUAUGAGAGAUAUGCAGCUCUUUUUGCUCUUCGAAAUUGUGGAGGUGACGAUGCUAUUACAGCUAUUAUUGAUUCCUUGGCUGCCAAGAGUGCUCUUUUGCGACACGAGGUUGCUUAUGUAUUGGGUCAAUUGCAAAACAAAGCUGCUUCAGCUGUACUUUGCCAAAUACUUAGGGAUGUAAAUGAACACCCAAUGGUUAGACAUGAAGCUGCUGAGGCUCUUGGUUCCAUUGCAGAUGAUCAUAGCGUCGUACUUCUUGAGGAAUUUUCCCGGGAUCCUGAGCCCCUCGUCUCAGAGAGCUGUCAAGUUGCUCUUAGUAUGCUGGAAUUUGAAAAAUCAGGCAAAUCUUUUGAGUACCUUUUCAUGCAAACUCCGCAAGUUGAGAAAAUAUGCUAACAUUGAUAUGGUUCUAUUACGGGCUCAAAGAUUUUGCCUGCACGUGCCAUUGCACUCAUUAAUCCAUCGUGUACAAAUUAUUGUGCUUGCAAGCAUGAAGUCAAUGAGAAAUUUCACCAAAUCUGAAGACUUGUAAGGUCUGUUUGCGAGGUUAAUAUUUAUAAUCAACCUAAAAUUAUGGUUGAAUUUUUAAUAGGUUUGAGGCUGAGUCGGUUCCUUUUGUUAUGCCAGAAAUUGUAUUGCCUGGAGACAGGAGGACCAUUUUUGUGUCUUGGUUUGAAUAAUUAAUAUUGGUUACAGUAGGUUUCAUUGUUGGAAUUUGAGGAGUAAAUGUUUUUAACCUUAAUUAGAUUUGGAAAUGAAUUAAAUCGAGUCUUGCAGAUA